AUGGCCAGGUAUGGCAUAGGACCCUCAAGGCAGGGUUGUCAGCCAGUAGAGCGUGCUAGAUGUGAGGCUGCAUGUGGAAUCCAGCAGUUCCCCUGCCCAUCACCAGACCGCAUCCCCAGCGGGCCUUUGCCCAGGAAGGACUCAGCGGCAGGGCCUCACUGCCAGAUGGCAGGCUCCAUGGCUACCCAGACCAAGCAGAGAAGGCCCAGCUCCUGCCUGCAGGAGCCCGAUGUGCUCGUGUCCGAGUCGCAACGCCACCAGUUGCUGUUUGUCACAGGACAGCUGAAGGCUGAGCUCAUCUGUGGGUUCCGUGUGUGGAGCCACAUGCUGCUGGCUGUGAAUGUGCUAGGUUGCUGUAGCUGCGACCUCGUUGAAUUGAAGCGCAAGCAGCAGGAGUUGUGUGCCGUUGUGCAGCGCACUGGUGACGUCCAGAAGGCAGCCUCUGGCUCUGGCCCAGGCUGCAGACAGCCAUGGCUCUGACUCUUAUACCCAUGGUGCAGAGUGGCCAAGACCUUCUCCUGCUGGGCCCUGUCCCUCGAGGCCUUCAGCCUGGAGCCACCCCAAGGCACUGUGCUGGACAUGGGCGUGGUGAGCAGCCUGUCUGCAGCUGUAGCCCAGCACGGGCACACAGCCGAGGGAGACUUGAUAAAUGUGAAUCAGACCAUCAAGGACUUAGACUCCACAGUGUCAGAGCGAGAUGUCACCAGUGGGUGCCCGCUCCACCCUCAGAUCGCCUCAAUGUCCUGGGUGUGGGUAGAGAUGAAAAAGGCCCAAGGUGACCUCAAACACAAGCGGAGGGACCUGCAGGACACUGUGCAUGAGGAGCUGGUGGAGAGCCUGGCCCCACCUUCAUCUUCCCACCUAUGGAGCUCGUGGCCUUCCAUGCCCAAGACCCCGGAGAGCCAGUGCAUUGGCCACCUGAACCCCAUGGUGGCUGGUUUCCCUCUGUUGUGA